GACUGCCAAGAUCUCCACUUGGAGCAAUGGGAAUCUCCUUUGAUUGUGGAACAUUGGACAGGAGCUUUGCCAGUGGCUGGCCAAGAAGGAGGCAGAAUGUCUGCAUUGUUACACCAUAGAGUUCAAACUUCAGAAGACAUUGGGUUAAGCAGUAUCAUUUACUCUGCAAAUGAUUAUGUCUUUACCUGUCCUCUAUGAUCAUCACAAACUAAUGAAACACCUCUUAGGUCUUGUGAAUUCAGGUUACACUGUUUUCCAGAUGCGCUGGCAGCUGUUGCAGGGCCCGUGAAAAAUGGAACCAAACUCUCUGAGGACUAAAGUCCCAGCUUUCUUAUCUGAUUUGGGGAAGGCCACAUUGAGGGGAAUCAGAAAGUGUCCCCGAUGCGGUACAUACAAUGGAACCCGGGGCCUGAGCUGUAAGAACAAGACUUGUGGAACCAUAUUCCGCUAUGGCGCACGGAAGCAGCCUAGUAUUGAAGCUGUCAAAAUCAUCACAGGCUCCGAUCUGCAGGUCUACUCAGUGCGGCAACGAGACCGGGGCCCCGAUUACCGAUGCUUUGUGGAACUUGGUAUCUCAGAGACAACAAUCCAGACAGUGGAUGGGACGAUCAUCACUCAGCUGAGUUCUGGACGGUGUUAUGUCCCCUCAUGCCUGAAAGCUGCCACCCAGGGUGUUGUGGAAAACCAGUGCCAGCACAUCAAGCUAGCAGUGAACUGCCAGGCAGAAGCCACUCCUCUGACCCUAAAGAGCUCGGUCCUGAACGCAAUGCAGGCCUCGCCAGAAACCAAGCAAACCAUCUGGCAGUUGGCCACAGAACCCACGGGUCCCCUGGUACAGAGGAUUACUAAGAACAUUUUGGUGGUGAAAUGCAAGGCAAGCCAGAAGCAUAGUUUGGGGUAUUUGCAUACAUCCUUUGUGCGGAAGAUCAGCGCCAAAAGCUCGCCCGAACGCCGUUUCUUCUGCUCCUGCCAGACUCUGAAAUCGCACAAGUCGAAUGCUUCCAAGGAGGAGGCAGCCCAGAGAUGCAUUCAUUUCUUUGCUUGCAUCUGUGCCUUUGCCAGUGACGACACAUUGGCUCAGGAGUUCUCAGACUUCCUAAAUUUUGAUUCCAGCGGUCUGAAAGAGAUUAUUGUGCCCCAGUUAGGUUGCCACUCAGAAUCAACAGUAUCAGCUUGUGAGUCUGCUGCCUCAAAGCCAAAGAAGAGGAAAAAGGAUGAAGUAUCUGGUGCACAGACAAACAUUUCACUGUUGCCUCAAGAUGCAGUGAGCAGUAAUCUAAGGAAAACUGGCCUGAAAAAGCCUGUGGUUGCUUCUUCAUUAAAAAGACAGGCUUGUGGUCAGCUGUUAGAUGAGGCACAAGUGACCUUAUCCUUCCAAGACUGGCUGGCAAGCGUCACAGAACGCAUCCAUCAAACCAUGCACUAUCAGUUUGAUGGCAGACCAGAGCCCCUGGUGUUCCACAUUCCUCAGUCCUUUUUUGAUGCCCUGCAACAGAGAAUAUCUAUAGGAAGUGCAAAAAAACGGCUUCCCAACUCCACCACAGCUUUUGUUCGAAAAGAUGCCUUGCCAUUGGGGACCUUUUCCAAGUAUACCUGGCAUAUCACUAAUAUCCUGCAAGUUAAACAAAUCUUAGAUACCCCAGAGAUGCCCUUGGAAAUCACCCGGAGUUUUAUCCAGAACCGGGAUGGGACUUAUGAGCUGUUCAAAUGCCCUAAAGUAGAAGUAGAGAGCAUAGCAGAAACCUAUGGUCGUAUAGAAAAGCAACCAGUGCUGCGACCCUUGGAACUGAAAACUUUUCUCAAAGUUGGCAACACUUCCCCAGAUCAAAAGGAGCCAACACCGUUCAUCAUCGAAUGGAUCCCAGAUAUCCUUCCCCAAUCCAAGAUUGGCGAGCUGCGGAUCAAGUUUGAGUAUGGUCACCACCGGAACGGGCAUGUGGCAGACUACCAAGACCAGCGGCCGCCCCUGGAACAGCCCUUAGAACUGGCCCCUCUGACCACCAUCACCUUCCCUUGAGGCAAAACAUAAGAGUCUUUUGCUGCUAAAUUUGCACAUCCCCACCCCUUGACAACUUUAAAUACCAGUUAGGCACUUAGAUGGCCCUGUUCCUUAGUGAACUGCUCUUAGCUAAGAUGCAAUUUCCCAACGCAUUCAACUGGAUUCUGUUGAAGAAAAACUCUUGUAAAUAGCCUUUUUGGUGCUGCUGUGUAUAGUCUUCGUUAGAAAUUGGGUGGUAUUUCUGGCUAGUUUUUAAAGGAACAAAAAGAAAACCAGCUCACUUUCCUUCUUAAAGGACUCACCUUUACAGUUCACUUCAAUUUUUUUCUAAUUCUCUAAGAAGUUAGCAGCACUCUGCCUUAUACCAACAGUGUUGGAAAGUUAAUGAUACUCUGGUUAGGGCAGAAUGUUGAGGACCAUCCUGGCAGAGUUCCAGUGAUGCCCUUUUAUUCUGUUCCCAAAUAUAGCACAGUGUCACUAGUUUUUCCAAAUUAUAUCUCAUGUGGCCUGAUUACAAAAUUAUAAACCUUUUGGGAGAUUUAGGUGAUAGUGAAAUAGGAAAAAGAGGUCCAGGUGUCAAGGGAAUAUUGACAUUUCAAACUAAUGCUUUAAUAGCUUGUUCACUUGAUAUUUAUUUCCUUCUUUAUUCUCCAAAACGUUUAACAGCUGGUAAAAUUCAA